AUGACUGACUUAGAAGCAAGUAGUCAUGAGCUUGAUUUCAAAACCCCAAAUUUAAGCAACGGAAAGUCAUCUUCUUUCCAAAACCACCACAUAAGGAAUGUGCCACGAGGUCAAAAAAUCGGGUUAACAGGUCUUCAAGAUAGAGUUGAAAGCCCCAAUCUCAAUGGCCCCCAGAACCCCACAGAAGGUGAUACUUUGAUGGCCCGCCGCCCAUCGUUUCUCAAUCUUCUACAUCGCAGCAGAUCAAUAGCCAAAGGGCCCAAAUAUUCUCAGAUAAGACCAUCGGUCUCAUCUGGCCAAACAGAACAUAAAUCUCACGCCUGUGCCAGCGCUGAGGGUCUGUCUCAAGGAUUAACGCGCCUCAUCGGACAAGCAACAGGUCGUGAGAGCAAUCAAGCGCAUUGGCCGGUGAUCGAGAUUCAAAAACUUAGGCGGCGCCAAACUCAAUUUCACUUGAGCUAA